UCGUUCAUGACGUGAAGUGGCGUCGGUUGGAGGCAUCAGAACGUCACUCGCCACCGAGAGUCCGCGCGGGAUACCCUCAACUUAUGUAUAACACACCCUUCGAUACACCAGGUGUCUGCUUCGCUAGAUUUCCGUCCCUCGAUCCUCCCGUGCUGAUAUAACGCGAUGGCAAACGCACAGCUUAUGCAAGAAGAGUUACAACAAAGCGUAGUCUUGUCGGAAGAGGACGCCGAGUUUGAGGAGGAAUUACCUAACGACACCGUUAUGGCGGACGACGUCCCCCUCCUCCCCGAAGGGCCUGUAGUAAAUCCAUUACCAGCAGAGGAACAUGAUGAGACCGAACUCCACAACGAUGGAGAUUCCGACGGUCAAGGUGAUAGUGAGAUCGACACAGUACUCAUAGAAGAUAUUAUGUCUCAGGACGAUGAACAAGGCGAGCUCGAGCGUGUACCAGAUGAUGGGGACGACGGCGGCCCGGACGAGGAGGAGCCGAAUAGUGACGGUAGCGACAUCCAUGACGACGACGACGACGACGUAUUUGAUGUUGAUGCAGAGGGCGAGGAGGAAGCUGAAGAUGAUGCUGCCCCCCCUCAACUCGAUCCGACCGCAGGUUCUAGUGACGAGGACGAUGAUGCAGCUGUGGGUGCAGCCGAGGACGAUGAGGAUGAAAACGAAGGGGUCGGUGCCGUGAAGAUCAAGCCCGGCGAGACCGACAACGAAGACAGCGAAAGCGACGACGAUAUCAGUUCAGCCUCAAGCUCCAGUGAUCACGAAUCGGCAGCGGAAUGGGAAGAGGUCGUAGAUAAUGACGAAGACGAGGACUCUGAUGCGGUCGAUCCCAAUAACUGCAUAUUCUGUAAGAAAGACGAGGAGCACGAUCCAGGGGAGGAAUUCGAGGCUUAUCUCGCUUGUAAGGGGUGUGGUGAACACGCCCACCAGCAAUGCGCGCGCGAACAUCAAGCUCUCGUCGAAGGAAGUGGUCCGUCAAACUGGAAGUGUCCAGAAUGUGCUGGCGAUGAUGCGGGAUCCGACUCGGGUGCGGAGGACGCAGAAGGCGAUCACAACAUGAAAGUAGUGUUAAGUGAUGUUGUCGACGAUAGCGACUUGUCGCCAACGUCUCCCAGUCGGGCGUCCGCCCCAAAACUUGCCAGGGACCUCCUCCCCCCUCAACGUGGCGUGAAUAAGCCCGACGCUCACUCCGUCUUCAACCAACUUGUUCUCGACGAAGAUCCCAUGGAUGGCUCGCGGGUUUUGAGGAAGAGGAAGACAUCUUCAGUAGAGGCCGACGACGAGGUGAUGUCACUAAGAAAACGGAGGAGAAACAUAACGGACGAGUCUGUCCAAGACGAGUCCGUCCAAGACGAAGUCGCCCCCGAGAAAGCGAGCACGGUCGAAACCCCGAUUCGGCCACGGUCAGUACGCUCGUUGAGGCUUAAGGUGCCAAGCCAAACCUCCUCGUGUACCAUCGUCAAGAAGUCCCGCUCCAGUUUGAUAGUCAAAAUGCGAGUAGACAGCGCGGAUCUUCGCCUAAGGCUUUCACAGAAACCCAGACCGCAAAAAAAGCGAACCGGCAGAGCUACUACAUCCCGAUCGUCACGGAACGCAAGGUCGGCGCGUACCGCGGCCGCUGCAGAACCGACUCCCACCAUGGCACCAUUCUUCCCCUCUAGCUACUCCCAGCCUUUCUAUUCGUUCUUUGACAAGGAAACGGAUGAGCUAAAGGGGAAACCUUACGGUGGCAUUUUAACCGAGGAGCAGGCCGAUACGACGAAGACACUGCCAACAAAAGAUGACCGGCGCCGGUUUGACGAAGCCAAGCAGAAGGCCGAAGAAGAAUGGAGGAAUAGGUUGCUGGCGAUGCAAGCCGUAGCUGAGGUGCCGGUGAAGAAGUCCAAGAAAACCUCGGGUCCGGCGAGUCAAAUCGAAUGCAUCGAAUUCGGAGGUUGGGAGAUAGAUACGUGGUACGCAGCACCGUAUCCCGAAGAGUACAGUCGCAAUCGGGUCCUCUACAUCUGCGAGUUCUGCUUGAAGUACAUGAAUUCCGACUACGUCGCGUGGCGGCACAAGCUCAAGUGCCCCGCGAAACACCCUCCAGGCGACGAGAUAUACCGGCACGGCUCGAUCUCAUUCUUUGAGGUUGACGGCCGAAAGAAUCCGGUCUAUUGCCAAAACCUCUGCCUGCUGGCCAAGCUUUUCCUCGGCUCCAAAACGCUCUACUACGACGUUGAGCCAUUCUUGUUCUACGUGCUCUGCGAGUACGACGACCUCGGCUAUCAUUUUGUCGGUUACUUUUCCAAGGAAAAGCGCGCCAGCAGCCAGAAUAACGUGAGCUGCAUUCUCACGUUGCCUAUACACCAACGGAAAGGAUACGGCCAUCUGCUCAUAGACUUUUCCUACCUCCUAACCAAAGUGGAGGAAAAGACGGGAUCCCCCGAGAAGCCGCUCUCCGACAUGGGUCUCGUAUCGUAUCGUAACUACUGGAGGUUGGUCAUCUGCAAGUAUCUCAUGGAGCAUAUGCCCAAAGAUAAGUUUCAGAAGGGCAUGAGUAUCCGGCAGAUAUCCGACGACACGGGGAUGACGCCCGACGAUGUCAUCUCCGCCCUCGAAGCACUUCGAUUUCUUGUACGGGAUCCUGUCACCCACGUCUACGCGUUUCGCGUAGAUCUAGCCUACUGCCACAAAGAAGUCGCCAAAUGGGAAGCGAAGAAGUACGUCAAGCUGAUUCCGCGGAAUCUCACUUGGACGCCGUACGUUAUGGGUCGUAGCAACGCUACGAACUUUGAGCUUGGCCCCGCCCUGAAUACCAUCGCACCUCGCGAGGAGGAUGAAGAUUCCAAGGCGGUUCAAACGCUCGCAGAGAGCGGUAUCGCCACCGGCGAUUUCGCUAUUGCUCCGAUGUUCAAUCAUAAGCCUCCUGAAGUAACCGAUUCAUCCGUCCUCGAAUCGACAGAGCCGAACGAUGAUGCCCUCGAGACGAAGGAGAACAUCCAGAUUAACGGUGUUGACAAGGACAGUGUAAAAGUUCCCGGCGGUCGACAGGAGGAUCCAAACGUAUCGACCGGUACCGGCGCGAGCGCCCUAACGGAUGACGAGCAUGGAUGGCAGAAAACGUACGAAACGAUUCCCGUCAGUAGAUUUCAAGUCUUCCCUCCAAUUAACAACAGACGGACCGCCCUGUCGCGCAUACACUCGACGCUCCCCAGGCCGCCGCCGCCGCCACGUCUCCCUCCUCCCAGUGUACGGCGGGCCGCGCGGCCCAAACCCCGGCGCUCGACCGGCGGUUCUAGCGUCCGCAAGUCAGCCCAGAAGGCCAGCUCCGGUAAGCGUAAGCCCGGCGGUACCGGCAGGGGCCCGGGCCGAUGGCCGAAAGGCACCAAGAAGAGUGAUUACGGCAACGCAGAUAGUGGACCCGGCCUGCCGCCGGCGUGGAUCGAGCGAGAGAAGCAGCGGCAGGCCGCACUGGCGGCGGCAAAGACAGCGGACGCAGACCAGGACGCGGGGGCCCAGGCUACGGGAGACGACGAGACCCAGGACACGGUCCGGGUGCAGGUCGCGGUGGCCCAAGGUCUGCCGAAGGGCAAGCCGUCCGUCGGCUCCCCCGAGAUAGAAGUCACAGUCGGCGUGGCGGUCGCAACCAGAACUGAGGCCGAUAACGACGUCCAGACGCAGGAAGGCGACGCCGGAGAAGGCGACGACGAGCAGGACCAUAUGCAGGAGCAGGACGUCGCCAUGACAGACGCCGGCGCCGCAGAGGAAGUGGGUGUUGACGUACAGGUCGAGCUGGCGUAAACAUAGAAACACGGCACGUCGUGGAUCGCGGUCUGCGGCUGGGCUCGGGCAUGGCGUGAUGCUCAUUUUCGAAGAAACCUAUAACUUAAAUUAUUCCCAUCUGGUUCUUGUUUUUCUCCCAAAGGCGAUAUCACACCUAAACAGACGGACGCCAGUA